AUGGGCAACACACAAUCUUUAGUAGACGCCGCAGCCAAUCGAUGGCCAGUGGUUCUCACUGCAAUCCUUGUCUGCUUUAUAGCCGCCGUCGCCCCAAAAGUCGGGAGCGUGUUGCGACUUUGGACUAUUCCCAUCGUUGGAGAAGAACUCGGAAGUACUGAAAAGCGCAGAAAAGCAUACUUGGGAGGGGCCAGAAAAUUAUACUCCGAUGGGUACCAAAAGUUCAAAAAUGGCGUUUUCAUGAUUACAACGUCCAAGUCUUCUCCCACAAUUGUCAUCUCACCUGACUUUCUUCCUGAGCUGAAAAAGCUUCCCGAUUCUACCUUGAGCAUGGAAGCGGCUGUUGACGAGUCAAUGGAGGCCAAGUACACCAAGAUCGAGACAUCGGUACCCAUCAUCCCGCAUACUAUCAAAGGAGGGCUGACUCCAGCACUAUCUCGGCUGAGUACAUCCAUUGCCGAUGAAGUCAAGCAGUCCCUAGAGCUUUCUAUACCCUCGUGCGAGGACUGGACAGAAGUCAACAUCCAUGACAGCCUCCUUCGUAUCGUCGGUAUGGUAUCAGGCCGCGUGUUCAUCGGCCCAGAACUUUGCCGUUCCGAACAGUACCUCGAUGCAGCCAUCAAUUAUACCAUGGAAGUCAUGGGCGCCCAACGAGCUGUGCAGAGAAUGCGACCCUGGCUACGACCUUUUUGGGCCCGGAGCCAGCCGGAGGUUAAGAAGCUUUACCAGCGAAUUGCAGAAGCUGAGGCCUUUCUGGAACCUGUGGUAAAAUCGAGAACAGACGCUAUGGCUGACCCGUCAUACGAGAAGCCAGAUGACUUUCUGCAGUGGCUCAUCGACGGGAAAGACAAGUUUCCGGAUAAGAACAGCCAGAAUCUUGCCAAGGUUCAACUGGGCCUCACCUUUGCAGCUGUGCAUACCACGACGCUGACUGCCACUAACGCGUUUUAUGAUUUGGCUGCCAUGCCAGACCUACAGGCAGAACUGCGAGAUGAGGUUCGGGAAGCGCUCUCUGAAAGUGGAGGCGUCUUUACGAGCAAUGUUCUACAAGCCAUGAAGAAGAUGGACAGCUUUCUCAAAGAGACUCUCCGAGUCCAUCCGGCGACAAUGGCUUCCUUUCAGCGCAAGGUUCUGAAAUCGUUCACUCUAUCCAACGGCCAAGUCAUCCCUGCCGGUCUAAUAAUAGAGAUACCCGCCGUUGCAGUGAACUCUGAUUCCUACAUCUUCCCAAAGGCAGACGAAUUCGACCCGCUGAGGUUCUACAGACUUCGCAGCCAAGCCAAAGAUGAGGGAUCAGUUGAAAAGGCAGCAAACAACCAGUUUGUCAGCGUGAACCAGAGCAGUCUGACUUUUGGAUACGGCAGGCAUGCUUGUCCUGGAAGGUUCUUUGCUGCGAACGAGAUCAAGAUGAUUCUGGCCCAUGCACUUCUGCGAUAUGAUGUCAAGCUGGUUGGCUCAGAGACCAAGAGGUACUCCAACAUGGAGUUUGCGCAUAUGUCCAUUCCGGAUCCAUCUCGAAACCUCUUAUUUAAAGCGAUUGAGGUUUGA